CUGCAAGCCACUGAAGACAGCAGCAGGUACUGGAGAAGUUACAUUACAUUAACAGAUCCACUGUCACUACUGUCACCAUGGCCUCAUCUUUCCUCUCCUGUGUUGGCCUCUGUGUAAUUGGAUCUAUCACCUCAGUCCUUGCCCUACCGCCUACUGAGCCACCACUCAUCAGUAACCACCCCUUUGUGGCUAUAUGGAACGCACCUAUUGAGCACUGUAAACGUCUUCACAUCCCAUUGGACACUGCAGCUUUCCAGGCAGUGACCACACCCGCAGCUGUGGCAGGUCAGUUUCUCACCAUCUUCUAUGAGGACCGCCUUGGCCUUUACCCUAGAGCUGAUACCAUUAAGCGUAAGCUCUACAACGGUGGGGUCCCCCAAAAUGGCAACCUGACAGAACACCUUGCCAUAGCCCAAAUACAAAUCGAUCACUAUGUCUCCCAAGAUUCUUCUCCCGGGCUAGUUGUCAUUGACUGGGAAUCCUGGCGCCCCCUGUGGGACCAGAACUGGGGCUCAAAACAUAUUUAUCAGAUAUUGUCCAUGUCCCGUGUCCUGCAGAUGGUCCCAUUUUUAUCAUCAAAGCAAAUUUCCAAACUGGCAACAAAACAGUUCCAGCAAGCUGGACGCCACUUUAUGGAGAAAACCAUCAGCCUCGGUAUUCGUGAGCGUCCAAACCACCACUGGGGCUUCUACUUGUUUCCUGACUGCCACAACUACAGAUGGGACAGACCUGGCUACACGGGAGAGUGCUCCAAAAAGACCCAGAAGCAGAACAACCAGAUGCUUUGGCUGUGGGAACACAGCACAGCUCUCUUCCCAUCUGUCUACCUUCACCAGAAUCUGAGAAACUCCCCUCGGGCUGCACUCUUCGUUCGUAACCGUGUACUUGAGGCUCUGAGGGUGGCUGCACUGCCUAAACGUCCCUACAUUAUGCCAGUCUAUGUGUAUUGCAGGCCACUGUACCGGGAUCAGACCAAGAACUUUCAGAGCCAGACCGAUCUUAUCAACACUAUCGGAGAAUCUGCAGCCCUGGGAGCUUCUGGGGUCAUAAUAUGGGGAGGUAGCAAAGACUACAACAACAAGGCUGCCUGUCAUUCUCUGUCCAAGUACCUGUGGUCCACCUUGAACCCUUACAUUGCUAACGUGACCGCUGCUGCCAUGCUCUGCAGUGAAGUCUUGUGCCAGGGGAGGGGCCGCUGUGUCCGGAAAAGCAAUGGCUCUCUCCACUACCUGCAUCUGAACCCCAACCACUUCUACAUCAUACGAGCUCACAGGAAGUAUGUGGCCAUCGGUCUCCCUUCUGCUGCUGACCUUAAUGCCUGGGCUGAAAACUUUACCUGCCAGUGCUAUGCAGGGCAAAGCUGUUCUCCCAAGCUACGGCGUCCAACCACCAUGAAAUUCAUCUGGAUUUAAUCUGUGAGGAGAGUAAAAUCCUUUCACAAUGGUGCUCCUUUUCCAUUCACAGAUCUAAUUGUGAAUUAUUUAAUAUGAUUAUCUAUCAAAAAUCAUCAAUUAGUCAUGUAUUUCUCAACAACAGAAAGACUAAAUAAAUUAUUUCCCGCAAACCUAAUAUUUUUUUAAUGUAAUAAUAAUAAUAAUCAUAGUCAAGAGCCCUACAACAUACUGGUGACCUGUCGAGGGUGUACCUUGACUCGUGCCCUAUGGCAGCUGGGACCGUCCCUCCCGCAACCCUGAAUUGGAUACAUGGAAGAAAAUGGAUUUAUGGAUAGAUGGAUAAUAGUCAAGACAAACUAUACCUUCAAUCACCAUUGCUGACAUUGAAUUUAGAAAGAUUUUAAAUGUAAAUGUGCUGAUUAAUUAAACCAAAUAAAAUUCCACUAAACUGAAUUCAAGU